AUGAUUUUGUAUAUCAAGGACAAGCUAGCGGAAUUGGCCGAGGAGACUAAAAUUAGCCCAACCCUCCAAGGAAUCUUGGCUACGUCCCUGCUUGAAUACAUUGAAGAGUCAUGGAAAGAGAACCCUUUGCUAUCCGAAGAUCCUCACGAAAGAGCCGCUGCACGCUUUUGGGCAAAAUUUGGUGAUGAAAAGGUUCUGCCAUCUAUUUGGGAAGCCUUUAACAGUGAAGGGAAAGAGCAAGAGGAAGGUAUUGUGAAGGCCAAGGAGAACUUGAAGUACUUGGAAGAGGAGCUAAAGGGGAAGAAAUUCUUUGGGGGAGAGCAUAUUGGAUUUGCAGAUAUUGCACUUGGAUGGCUUGCAGAAUAUGAGAAUGUGUUUGAAGAGGUAACUAGCAUGAAAGUGAUUGCAGAAGAUGAGUUUCCAUUGUUAUCAGAAUGGAAAAGGACUUUUGCAGAUGCUCCUAUAAUCAAAGAGAAUUGGCCUCCCAGAGACAAACUUGUCACCAAAUUUCAGGCUCUCCGAGAGGCCAACCUCUUGAAAAAGGUACCUAAAUGAAAUGGUUUGUGAGACCAUAGAUGGAUAACAGCAGAAGAGUACAUGAAAAUUUGUAUUUUCUUUUGGAAAGUGGAAUUUUCUUGGGUGAAAUGCAAUUCAAACUCCAGAAUCAAAUAUUCAAAAGGGAUAUAAAAUUUCUUCUUUUGUCAGAUGACAUUACUA